AUGGUUAGGGCCGAUGCAUCCGUGAGCAUCAAGGUGCUCCUGAACGCCACGACAGCGCACUUCGGUUUUAGGCCGACUUACCGGAGGGUUUGGAUGGCGAAGCAGAAAUCUAUUGCCAUCAUUUACGGUGACUGGGAUGAGUCCUACAACGACCUGCUUUUCUGGACUUUCCCGCCGUGCAUCGAGGCAUUCCGUCAUUGCAAGCCGCUAGUGAGCAUUGACGGCACACAUCUGUAUGGGAAGUAUGGGGGGACGUUGCUCAUCGCGAUUGCACAGGACGGGAACUCGAACAUUCUACCUGUCGCAUUCGCACUAGUAGAGGGUGAAUGCGGAAUCCUGGACAUUUUUUUGUUGCACCUUCGACAGCACGUGACCCCGCAGCCCGGUCUGGUUAUAUCGGACAGGCACAACGGCAUCAGGCUGCGCUUGAGGCCCCUGACGGCGGUUGGCUACCGCCAUCUGUACCGUGCAUUCUGCAUACGACACGUAGCGGCUAAUUUUGCCCUAACCUUCAAGGGCAAAGACGCUAGGAGGCUACUAGUGAACGCGGCAUAUGCGAAGACCGAUGUUGAAUUUGAUUACUGGUUUGAUAUCUUGCGAUCUGAAGAUCCGGCGAUGUGUGAGUGGGCGAACCGGAUUAAUUACUCGUUGUGGACUCAGCAUCGUGAUGAGGGGCGGAGAUUCGGUCACAUGACGACGAAUAUCUCCGAGUGUGUGAACUCUAUCCUGAAGGGGGUCAGAAAUCUCCCUGUAGCAUCCCUGGUGAAGGCAACAUAUUGUAGGCUUGCGGAACUGUUUGUUCGCAAGGGGAGAGAGGCUGAGGCCCAGAUGGGAACAGGACAACAAUUCAGUCAGCAUUUGGUGAAGUGUAUUGAGGCCAACAUGAGGACGGCCAGGUGCUUCACGGUGACGCUGUAUGACCGGGAUAACUCCGAGUUCACUGUAGCAGAGACCACUCCGACUGGUUCUUUCUCCUUGGGUACUUACAGAGUAUCACUUGCCUCUCGGACAUGUGAGUGCGGGUACUCCAGGCUCUUCAUUUCCCGUGUCAGCACGCACUUGCAUGCUGUGCAUACUCACGGGUCACCUGGACCUCUUACGUUCACAGCGUCUAUCAGAUUAGCUCGGUGUUCAACGUGUAUCGGAUGGGAUUCACACCUCCGAUCCCGGAGGGCUUCUGGCCACCUUACGACGGGCCACGGUGAUUCCAGACCCUGA